AUUUAAAUUGUCGUCAAAAGAAAAACUCACAAAUUUUUAAAAGCUAGAAAAAUCCGGCGGCGGUAGCUUCACUGUUCGAGCGCGUUUGUUGUCUGCUUCCCUCUCGACCUGAAUUAUCUUUGCCGCUUAAGGUUGGAUUUCCAUGGCGCCCUUUUUAUGAAUAGCUUGAAAUCAAUUGAUCGUGUUUGGUUAAGGAUAAAUAUUUAUGCCCUUGGUUUCACUCUGCAACAGAAGGAUUUCACCAUAAUGAUCACAGGCUGGACAUAAUGAUAAUUUGUUAUAUGGUUCAUUAAAUAUGGUUGAUUUGGGUUCUCAAUGGUGGACAAUAUUUUUGUCUUUGUUGUGAAUUGAAGACUUUUUGGAUUUGUCAAUUUUCAUGUGCUUAAAGGUUGAUUGAUCUUGAACUAACCAUCAUAUUAACAUCUUUCGCUCCUGAUUUUCAGGUUAUCAAUCAAGGAUGGGUAAGGAAAAGGUUCACAUUAACAUUGUUGUGAUUGGUCAUGUCGACUCGGGGAAGUCCACCACCACUGGUCACUUGAUCUACAAGCUUGGUGGUAUCGACAAGCGUGUGAUUGAGAGAUUCGAGAAGGAGGCUGCUGAGAUGAACAAGAGGUCAUUCAAGUAUGCUUGGGUGCUUGAUAAGCUCAAGGCUGAGCGUGAGCGUGGUAUCACCAUUGAUAUUGCCUUGUGGAAGUUUGAGACUACCAAGUAUUACUGCACUGUCAUUGACGCCCCUGGACAUCGUGACUUUAUCAAGAACAUGAUUACUGGUACCUCUCAGGCUGACUGUGCUGUUCUUAUUAUCGAUUCCACCACUGGUGGUUUUGAGGCUGGUAUUUCCAAGGAUGGUCAGACUCGUGAGCAUGCUUUGCUUGCUUUCACUCUUGGUGUCAGACAAAUGAUUUGCUGCUGUAACAAGAUGGAUGCCACCACCCCCAAGUACUCCAAGGCACGUUAUGAUGAAAUUGUGAAGGAAGUCUCAUCCUACCUGAAGAAGGUUGGAUACAACCCUGACAAGAUCAACUUUGUUCCCAUCUCUGGUUUUGAGGGUGACAACAUGAUUGAGAGGUCUACAAACCUUGAUUGGUACAAGGGUCCAACUCUCCUUGAGGCCCUAGACAUGGUCCAGGAGCCCAAGAGGCCUUCUGAUAAGCCACUCCGACUUCCACUUCAGGACGUGUACAAGAUUGGUGGCAUUGGAACGGUCCCUGUUGGUCGUGUUGAAACUGGUAUUCUUAAGCCCGGUAUGGUUGUGACCUUUGCUCCUACUGGUCUGACAACUGAAGUUAAGUCGGUUGAGAUGCACCAUGAAGCACUCCAGGAGGCACUUCCUGGUGACAAUGUCGGGUUCAACGUGAAGAACGUUGCUGUUAAGGAUCUCAAGCGUGGUUACGUUGCAUCCAACUCCAAGGAUGAUCCAGCCAAGGGAGCCGAUUCCUUUACUGCCCAAGUCAUCAUCAUGAACCACCCUGGUCAGAUUGGCAAUGGAUACGCCCCUGUUCUUGACUGCCACACCUCUCACAUUGCUGUUAAGUUUUCUGAGAUCUUGACUAAGAUUGACAGGCGUUCUGGCAAGGAGCUUGAGAAGGAGCCCAAGUUCUUGAAGAAUGGUGAUGCUGGUUUCGUGAAGAUGAUUCCCACCAAGCCCAUGGUGGUGGAGACUUUCUCCGAGUACCCACCUCUUGGCCGUUUUGCUGUCAGGGACAUGCGUCAGACUGUUGCUGUUGGUGUGAUCAAAGCUGUUGAAAAGAAGGAUCCAACUGGAGCCAAAGUCACCAAGGCCGCUGUCAAGAAAGGUGCCAAAUGAACCGUGCAGCAUCAAGCGGCCCUUUCUCUAAAACAAACCUACUACUACAAUAAAAUGUCUAGUAACUUCACUUUAUUUUGCUCUAUUGCUGCAUAUGCAUCUGCAGUAGUUUUGUGUGUGCUUUGUUUUGUAUGUCGUAGUUUUCUGCCGUGUAUGUUGAGUAGCCUCUCCCAGAACUGGGUGCUUGACAGGCGGUGGCGAAUGCU